ACCAAACAGGCGACCAUGAAGAGCUGCAUCCAUUCAAAGGAGUGUAACAAAAGCCUGGCUGUCCUAGAUAUGGGCAAGAAUCAGACCAUCCUGGGCCAAGUUUCCUGCUGCGAGGGCGAUCAAUGCACCAAUCCUUCUAGCUUGCCCCCCAGAAAAACUGUGACCACCAACAGGAAAAGAUGCCCAGCUUGCUAUACUGAGCCGAAUGAACAGAGUGGAUGCAAGGAAACGAUGAUUGACUGUACUGGAGAGGAUGAGAUGUAUUGUGCAGAGCUGUUUCUUCAGAAGAAAGAAGAAGGAAAAAAUGUGACCAUCACCAUGAAGGGAUGUGCCAAUGAGGCUUUCUGUGAGAAGAAGGAGAUUUCAGCCAUUGAUAGCACAUUUAUUUUACUCCCCAAUAGCACUUGUAGGAAUGCCACUGGGGCAGUUGACACCAUGGCUGGAUCAUUUGGACUCUUCCUCUCAGCCCAAGCUGGGCUCUUGUUGGUGACCAUCUUUUCUUGAUAAUGUCUCCUGCAUUAAAACUCAGAUCUUGCUUGUGAAUUCUCCCCCUUUCCAUUGCUUAUGCCUCUUUGGCUUCAUGCAGACCAUCAGCUUUUUGGAAAAUGCAGAGCUUUCCUUGUCUGUGCUUCAAGGAUUGAUUCUCUUUUUUGUGUCUCACCAUACGCUCUGCUGGUAUGCAGAAAAUAUAGGGCCAACAUCAGCCCGUUUUUUUUUUCAAGAGGGUUGAUUGCCAGCUGCUCAAGCUCUUCCCAGCACUGCUCCUCCUCAUCUUAGCUCUGUUACCAGUUGACCUGACCACCCUGAACACGUGAGCUGUGAAAGUUGCACAGAAAAGCAGUGGGACCUGUUUGCUUUGCCCUCCCACCCAGCAGAGAUGAAAACGGGCACCAAGAAAGUCAAGGAAAUGGGAAGAAGCAAGAAGAAUGAAAAAAGAGGCGGACUAUUCAGAAGAUGGGCCCUCUGAGGGCCUAUUGCCAAAGGUUGCCCCUGAUCCCCAAACCAGCACUGAUGGAGGUUCUCAUGGUUGAGAACAGAGCGGAGGGGUGCUGCUAGUUACUUGACACUGAAGAGAGUUUGCUGUGACAGCAUUGCCACAUUUCAUGGAAAGCAUUGUAUGUCCUUCACCGGCAUCCAUGGUGGGAGGUAAAUAAAAGUCAAGAUGUGGUUAUGGUAAAGUGAUCAUGCAUUUACAAAGGACCAGGGCUUUGAUCAUGCCUCUCCAGUCUUCUCCCUGUGGACCCUGGUGUUGUGCUCAUGGUGUUGGCUGAGUUAGACCAGAGCAGGCAACCUGUGGGCUAAGGUCUACAUGUGACUCGACCCCCAUAUGUUUCUUUAUCUCCUCUCAUUUAUAAACCAACCUGAUCUGACCAUCUCUAGACAGUGUGCGAGAAC